UUCAUUUUCAAAACUUGGACUCGUGUUUGACGGUUUAAACUCUGAGUGGCGAAGAUUUUAUCAUUUGAAGUUGAGAGGCUGAGUUGUUGUUUACAAGCGGGAAAGGCCAUUGUUUUGGAGAAAUUAUCGGAUUAUAAUUCUUAAGAUAGAGUGAAAAUAGAGAAAUUUUAGGGGGAAAUCUUAUAUUCUUUCCACGAAUAAAACAUUCAGGGUCUUUAGGAAUUCUCAGUAUAUUCUGGAGAAAUUUCUGUGGCUGUUUCUUAUCUCAUUUUUUUCAAAUUUUCUUUGUCUAUCAGAUUGAAUCAGAAACUCAAUUUCAGUAUUAAGUUAUUCCUCUCGUGAUAUUUAUUAAUUAAGCUUGAAGAAAUGGCGUUGGGUAAGAGUCGCAGUUUUCAAGCAAGGUGUGUCGGUGGCUUAAGAACUUCUUCAAGCUCUGAUUCAACAGAAAGAGAGCUUUUAGCUGUAGUUCCCUCAAAGAAAAGGGUCAUUACAGAUUGUACAUAUGAGACUCCAUUGAAGAAUCAAUGUGUAUCUGAAUCUUACACAGAAACAUCACUUCUUGAAUCCAUACCACAAGAUGUUUUGGUUAAAAUAUUGUGCGGCGUAGACCAUGCCGAUUUAGAACAACUUUACCACGUAUCUAACAAGAUCAGAGAUGCUUCUCUGAUUGCAAAACAAUGGUACUUUGCGUUUAGUACCCCAUCAUCAAAAGCUACUGGUUCUAAGACUUUUUUUAGUGAGUCAGAAGAAUCAAAUAAGUUAGAAAGCAUUGAAGCACCAAAUGCACCAAGACAGGAAAGGAUUUCAAAGUCUAGAAUCAGUGCGAAGAAGCUUGCCGGACUUGCUGUUGCCUUGUUUCGUUCACCCGAAGAAGAUGAAUGGUCUAGAAACGGAGCAAUGCUGGUUGAGACAGUUGUUUGAGAAAACAUACAACUUAAGCGUUCUGUAGAAAGUGAAUACGGGUAGAAGUAGUGGGAGUAACUCUGUGUAUGAUAGAAAUAUGUGUUUUAAGUUAAAUUCUUCAAUUUUUUUCGUUGAAGGUAUAUUUCUUUCCCUAUUGAAAUGUAUCAAAUAAUUGGAAGCUUUCUGUAAGUAACGGUUUUCAUUUUCGUCCUGCUUUGGUAAGCUGAGCGAAACAAUCUGUUGUACACUUGAUCUUAAUGAAGAAAAAUGCAGUUUACUUGUUCGUCAUUUGCUUUAA